AUGUUUGUGGUAGGUCUGGAGUUUGAUCCCAGUCUCUUUCACCUUCCGGUCCGCGAAGCGAAGGUGGCCUGUGCCGGAGUGUUCACCACAUUCAUUCUCGCUUGCCUGCUGACUCCGUUUCUGCAGGUUACCGAUGUUUCUAAUAUAAAAUUCAAUCUCUGUCUCUCCAUUAUUCUCUCCGGCACCGCCUGUCCCCUGCUCACAAGGCAAAUAACCGAUCUCAAGAUUGGUAAGUCGGAUAUUGGACGUUUUGUGGUUUCUGCGGGGAUACAAUCCGACUUGGUGGCCACUGUCCUCAUCUCCGUUGGGUUUAUCAUGUUUGAUCCCUUUACGAGUUUUACAACCAGAAGCUUACAGGACAUUAUUGGAAUGAUAGCAAUGCUGGUGAUCGAAACCAUGUUAGCAGGCAAGGUAACGCCGAUAAUCAUGAACUGGUUGAACCAUGAAAACCCAGAAGGGAAACCCAUGAAAGGCUCUCACCUAAUCCUCUCAAUAGCCUAUGUUGUCAUUGUGUGCAGUUGCUCACCUGUCUGGGGAAAGUUCAACAACGUAUUAAGCGCGUUCUUGGCGGGGUUUUUUAUGCCAAGGGAAGGGAGGAUAUCAAAGAUGCUGAUCACCAAAGUUAACUACUUCUUCGGCAUCAUCUUUUAUCCACUUUUUUCCUUUUGGGUUGGAACAGAAGCUGAACUUACCAAAUUUGGAGCUGGCCAUAUUAUGACUUGGGCAAGGUUGUUUUCCCUCUUUGUGAUUGCAACUGUUGGGAAAAUUCUCGGUACUGUGGUGUCUGGAGUGAUGCUAGGGUUCCGUUGGCAGGAAUCAGUUGCCAUCGGGUUGCUUCUCAGUAUGAAGGGCCAUUUCCAAAUGUACUUGGCAAUCACUGCUGCAAAAAUGAACCUCACAAGUCUUUCAACCAGUAUUGUGAUGGUAUUUGUGACCAUCCUAACUAUUAUCUACACCCCGUUUGUUGUGGGAAACAUCAUUGAACGUGCAAGGAAACGAUCACCAACACAACUAAUGGCACUGCAAUGGCUCAACCCAUCAAACGAGCUUCGAAUUUUGCAAUGCCUUCAUGGGCCUCAAAAUCUCCAAUCUGCUAUCAGUGUCAUAGAGAUUUCUCGAGGACCAGCUGACCCUGGAAUCAUGGUUUACCUUACUGACAUGAUAGAACUAACAGAAAGCAUAGCAGCCACAUUAGUUCAUAGUCAAGGAGUGGAUGCUGUGACUGUGACCGACCAGGCAGUUGUCAACAUGAGAGAACAAAUAACCAAUGCAGUCGGAGCUUACUUGGGUGCGGAUGGAGAAGGCAUCAGCCUUCGUCGAAUGCUUGCUCUCUCCACAAUGAAUAGCAUGCAUAACGAUAUCUGUAUUCUAGCAGAGGACUUGAUGGUUUCUCUCAUCAUACUGCCAUUCCACAAGGAUCAAGAUACAUACGGGCGACUCAAUGGAGGUCAUUCCAGGUUUCGCCAUGUGAACCGUAAGGUACUCCGCCAUGCCCCAUGCUCAGUGGGAAUACUAGUGGAUCGAGGCCUUGGAUCCACCAAAAUAUCAAGAUCAAGUGUAUCCCUCAACGCAGCAGUCAUUUUUAUUGGCGGAAAAGAUGAUCGAGAAGCACUAUCCUACGCUGGCCGUGUGGCACGACAUCCUGGAGUAAAACUCACAGUCAUAAGAUUCCUACUGGACGCCAAUGGAGAUAGUGUCUCAUCAAGAAUUUGCAGAGCAAGGGUCAACAUUGCUGAGCACGAAGAAGAGAUGAAGCUCGAUGACGAGUACUUUGCGGAGUUCUAUGACAGGCACGUGGCCACAGGGCAUGUUGCUUAUAUGGAAAAAUACCUUGUGAAUUCUGGGCAAACAUUUUCAACUCUCCGAUCAUUGGAAGAACAAUAUGCACUGUUCAUUGUUGGGCGAGGAGGGAGGGUGAAUUCGGUGUUGACAGUUGGGAUGAAUGACUGGGAGGAGUGUCCGGAGCUAGGUCCCAUUGGUGACAUUCUUUCGGCAUCUGAUUUCUCGGUCACAGCCUCUGUUCUAAUCAUCCAACAACACAAUCUCAAAGGAGAACUAGAUGGCCUCAAUGAUGAAUUCUCCAUCAUGUAG